AGAAGUGAAAGGACAGGUUAUGCCAAGUAUAAACGUAGAGGAAACAAGAAACAAAAGAAUGUAGAAGUUGCGAAUAGUUAAACAUGUCCGCGUAGAUCUUGAAGUUUGUUUUGCCCACUUUACUUUUAUUGUAUGAAUUUACUAGCAUAUUGUGAAAGGUUACAAUGGCAUUGCGGGACUUGGUAGAAGGUGAUUGUGGCGGUACAAAUUCAUUAGUUAGGCUCACAUCACAUUUUGUUCAAGACAAAGGUUUGAAGGAAGAAGGGCUUCGUCAUCCUUUUCCGCAUAGUGAUGGCUUUUCAAACACCGACUCAGAUCAGCUGGUCCAGCAGUUCUUGGAGGAGACUCUGGGUCCUUCUCCACAAACUUUCCGCAUGGACUCACUACUUCAGGAAAUGCGUGAGAUUGAGUCAGCAGUCACUUUGCAUGCACCUGUCCCUGCACCGGGUGUAGCAGCUCUGGCCCGUGAUGGACUUGCACCCGAGGAUUCUAUAUGGGCUGAACAAUAUCUUGAAUCUGGAAAACAUUUUGAUGAAGAGCCACAUGGGGAAGAAAUAUGGAAUGCAUCAGCAAUUGCAGGCAUAAAAGAAGGUGUAUCUGAAGUAGAAGAAGUGUUUGAAUUAGGAUUUGGUCCAAAAUGGGCUCAGGAAUAUUUUGAGGCCAGUGAACACAAGCUGGAUAGUAAUUCAGAGUGGGAACCAGGCUGCACCAAAGAAAUUGAUGGUAAUAAUAGAGAAUUGCGAGACACAGCCAAUGAAUUACUGAAGUCUGUUAAUGACCCAAAGUUUACUUACUCAAAGUUCAUGAAGUUUAUGCGUCAAGUUGGUGAAGGUGAGAUUACAGUAGAGGAUGGUCAAGUUAUUGGCGACAAGGAAGGAGGACAAGAUGAACAGAAUUCUAGAAAAGCUAAUAUCUGGGCUUCAGAAUUUGCGUCUUUGCAAAAAUCUAAUCUUGAAAUAAAAGAUGAAGCAGAAUCUUGGACUGAACAGUUUCAGGAGAAGUAUGGCUCAGAGUUAUCGAGUUCUGCUAUUGAAACCUCAGUAUCCAAACAGGAUGAUGAUGGCAAUUUUGGUUCUCAGUUCUGGGCAAAGCUACAGGAUGAGUGGGAGAAGCUAGCUAAAGGUGGAGAGUUAGGGGAACACCCUUGGAUAUCUGAAUUCUCAGAAUAUUAUGAUCCAUUUAAGGAAUAUCAUUUUGAAGUAGACAAUCCUAUGAAAGGUAAUGAACAUGCGUUGGAGGAAGGUAAACGGAAAUUGGAAGCUGGAGAUUUACCAAGUGCUGUUCUGUGCUUUGAAGCUGCUGUUCAACAAAAUCACACCAACAGUGAAGCCUGGCAACUUCUGGGUACAACUCAAGCUGAAAAUGAACAAGAUCCAGCAGCCAUCUCAGCUCUGAAGAAAUGUCUGGAACUAGAACCAAGUAAUCUAACAGCACUAAUGGCUCUUGCUGUUAGCUAUACGAAUGAGAGUUACCAGAACCAGGCCUGCCAUGCUUUGAGGGAGUGGCUCCAUGAGAAUCCAAAGUACUCAGAUUUAGUGCCAAAAAAUGAGCAUAUGACAAAUUCUUCAAAAAUGGGAAAUGUUUCAUCCUUGCUUGCAAGCGACAUUCACAAAGAAGUCCAAGAAAUGUACAUUGCAGCAGCACGGAGACAUCCUUCAGCAACAAUUGAUCCUGACAUUCAGUGUGGACUGGGUGUACUCUUCAACCUCAGUAAUGAGUAUGACAAAGCAGUAGAUUGCUUCAAAGCUGCACUACAAGUCCGGCAGACAGAUUCUCGAAUGUGGAACCGUCUAGGAGCAACAUUAGCGAAUGGCAACAGAUCAGAAGAGGCAGUUGAUGCUUAUCAUAAUGCAUUGCAGCUUUCUCCUGGUUUUAUACGGGCUAGAUAUAACCUUGGAAUUACUUGUGUAAAUCUAGCAGCAUACAGAGAAGCAGCAGAACAUUUGCUGACAGCGCUAAAUCAGCAGGCUGCGGGGAGAGGUGUUCAGGGUCAAAGGUCAUGGUCUGCUAUGUCAGAUUCCAUUUGGUCCACUAUGAGACUUGUUAUGUCAUUGUUAGAUAGACAAGAUUUAUACGAUGCUCUGGAUAAUAGGGAUUUAAACAGACUGAAUGAGGAAUUUGGAAUUGAUUAGGACGUGAUAAUGAAGAAGAAAUGCACAGAUUCAACUGUAAUGUUGGAGAGUGAUAUGUGCAUUGUAGGGUUUUCUUUUUCCUCUCUCUCUCUCUCUCUCUCUCUCUCUCUUGGGGUUUUCGGCACUUAGAACAAGACUUGAUCAAAUCCACAAUUGGUGUGUGUUAUAUUAACAUAUUCCUUCCAGUAAUUUCAGACUCUCAAGAUUAAGAUUGUUCUUGUACUUAGUUGAGUACCUUCUUUUUACUGACUAAAAUUGGUUUCCUCACUGAAGUUAUGAAAGUUAGUAGGAAAUGCUUUUAUGGACUGAAUCAUAAAUUAUGAGUUUUGUAGUUGUUAUCCUUUCUCUUCCCACCCCACCUCACACUUUCCUUUGCUGUUGUUCAUAGGCAUUUGAAGUAUUUUAAGUGCCUAAUGUAUUGGGGUCUGUACCUUACACUUGUAAGUAGGAAUUGGUCACUCUUGUUCAAAGUCGCCAUUGGGAUGCUUAGUUAGAUCACUAGUACUGUGAGUUGUAUUUGAUGUUCUGAGAUAUGUGUUCAAAAUUGGUGCUAAACAUUAUGGUCAUAUUAAUCCAUUUUUACAAACAUAUUAAUAUGAAAGUAUGUUCUCCAAAAACUGUACAAUUAAUUUAUUUUGAAGCCUUAAAAAUUUGUUAAACUGAAUGGAACUGAUCUUUAUCACAGUUACAAUUUACACAUGGCCCAUUUAUUCGGCAUAAGCAGUGCUUGAAGUGAAAUAGAAUUGGGGUGGUUUGUAAGAUUUCUAAGCUGAAUAAAAGGAGGCAGGAUCAUU